AUGGUGACAGUGGAUGAAAUUCGUGAGGCUCAGCGAGCCAAAGGCCCAGCCACGAUCAUGGCAAUAGGGACGGCCACUCCACCAAAUGCUAUCGACCAAAGCACAUUUACUGAUUACUACUUCCGUAUCACCAACAGUGACCACAAGACGGAUCUCAAAAAAAAAUUCAAGACCAUUUGUGACAAAUCCAUGAUCAAGAAGAGAUACCUGUAUUUGACAGAGGAGCACCUUAAACAAAACCCUAACAUGAGUGAGUACAUGGCCCCAUCACUAGAUGUUAGGCAAGAGAUAGUGAUAGCUGAGGUUCCAAAGCUAGGCAAAGAAGCAGCCAACAAGGCCAUCAAAGAGUGGGGCCAGCCCAAGUCCAAAAUCACCCACUUAGUUUUCAGCACCAUCAGUGGAGUGGAUGCGCCCGGAGCUGACUACCAGCUCACUAAGCUCUUGGGCCUAAACCCAUCCGUCAAGCGCAUCAUGGUUUACCAACAAGGGUGUUUUGCCGGCGGCACAUCGCUUCGCCUAGCCAAGGAUCUAGCAGAGAACAACAAAGGUGCACGAGUACUCGUCGUGUGUACCGAGAUUAGUGCCAUUAAUUUUCGUGGGCCUAGUGAAACCUAUUUUGACAGUAAUGUGGGCCAGAUAUUAUUUGGUGAUGGAGCCUCUGCAGUUGUAGUUGGUUCGGACCCGUUGGUUGGGGUUGAGAAGCCAUUGUUUGAACUAGUCUCAGCAUCGCAAACAAUUAUACCUGAUAGUGAAGGGAAUAUUGAGGGGCAUAUAUGUGAAGUUGGGCUUACAAUACGGCUCUCAAAGAAGGUUCCUAGUCUUAUCUCAAAUAACAUUGAGAAAAGCUUGGUUGAGGCCUUUAACCCACUGGGGAUAUCAGAUUGGAACUCCAUAUUUUGGAUUGCACACCCAGGUGGACCUGCAAUUCUUGACCAAAUUGAAUUGAAGUUAGGUCUGAAGCCCGAAAAACUGCGGGCCUCAAGACAUGUGCUUAGUGAGUAUGGUAACAUGUCCAGUGCAACUGUGUUGUUCAUUUUAGAUGAAAUGAGGAAAAAGUCCAUAGAGGAUGGGCUUAAAACCCCAGGUGAGGGGCUUGAAUGGGGUGUGUUGUUCGGGUUUGGGCCUGGUCUGACUGUUGAAACCGUGGUGCUACACAGUGUUACAGCUUGA